AUGGUUUUGCAGUACAAAGUCUUCUUCAGUAAGCGUGGUUCGGCCACCCGAACCGGCCCAGCCGGACACGACAAGCUGAAGUGGGUUCCAACGUCGUCUACCUUGAUCUAUGGAGCCAAAGAUGCUGUGUUGGUCGACUCGCAGUUGACAUCCGACGCCUCCCGUGAGCUCUUGGACUGGGUCGUCGCAACCGGGUACAACAUCACACACGUCUACGUCACUCACGCCCACGGAGACCAUUUCUUUGGCAGCGCACCCAUCCUCGAACGGUUCCCAGAUGCAGUUCUGGUUGCGAUUCCCGAGGUCGUGUCUCGGAUGGAGCGCGAGACUGCACCAGAGCGUCUGGACGGUCUCUGGAAAAGGCUCUUUCCGGGCCAAAUCCCUCAAACGCUCAAGAUCGCUCAGCCGCUGUCCAAGGAAUAUUUCGAGCUGGAAGGCGAGAGACUUGAAGUAGUCAGGACUGGCCACACAGACACGGACGACUCGACGACUCUUUGGGUUCCAUCUAUCAAGCUUGCUGUGACAGGCGACGCUGUGUACGCAAAUACCCACCCGUACCUAGGUGAAUCGGGAACGGCAGCCCAUCGGGAACAGUGGAUCAAAGCAUUGGACAAGAUCGCGGCUCUUAAGCCUGAGCAUGUUGUCGGUGGACACAGCGAUCCAAGCAAGGGUUUUGGACCUGAAUCGAUCCAGGAAACAAGGACGUACUUGGAGAACGUGGAAAAGAUCAGUGCCGCAACCAAUACGGCCGAAGAACUCUACGAGCGCAUGUUGGACUUGUAUCCUGAGCGCCUCAACCCGGGGUCUUGUUGGGCAGGUGCUGUCCUGAUCAAGAAAUAA